GAACCCAGUGAGGAGCCAGAUAAGAAAGGAGAGAACUGUGGGUCCACAUACGGCACUGCAAAAUGAAUGGCAUUGUGAAAGCGGCAGUGAAUGGCACGAGAAUUGAUGGAGAUGCUGACAGUCCAGUCAACGACACAGUGGAGAACAAAACACUGAAGGUGGAAAUGCAGAAGUCCCUACGGGCUGCCACCAUGGAGGUUGCCGUGGGCCACUUGAAAGGGCAGCGGGUCUCGGUGUGGGAUGUCCUCUCCUCCAGCUACCUGGUCGAGGCCAGGCGGCGGGAGCUUCUAGAGCAGUUUGGCUCAGGAGCUCUGACACUGUCGGCCCUGGUGGCCGCCCUGUCGGCCGCCGUCGAGGACACGGAGCAGAAGGCCGGCAGGGUCUCCUUCCGGGGCCUCCGGCGGCAGGUGUCGGCCUCGCAGCUGUGCAGUUCUAAGAUCAUCAGCAUCGAGACCCUGCGGGACCUGGCCAAGGGAACCAAGACCAUGAAGCAGGUCACUGAGAUGGACUCGGUCAAGAGGUACCUGGAGGGGACCAGCUGCAUCGCCGGGGUCCUGGUGCCCUCCCGGGAGGACCCGACCAAGCAGGAGAAGAUGACCAUCUACCAGGCCAUGUGGAAGGGCAUCCUGAGGCCCGGCACGGCCCUGGUGCUCCUGGAGGCCCAGGCGGCCACGGGCUUCGUCAUCGACCCUCUGGGGAACCGGCGGCUCUCCGUGGAGGAGGCCGUGGCCGCGGACGUGGUGGGCGGGGAGCUCCGCGAGAAGCUGCUGUCGGCCGAGCGGGCCGUGACCGGCUACACGGACCCCUACACCGGCGAGCCCCUCUCCCUCUUCCAGGCCAUGAAGAGGGACCUGAUCGUCAAGGACCACGGCAUCCGGCUGCUGGAGGCCCAGAUCGCCACGGGCGGCGUGGUCGACCCCGUGCACAGCCACCGCGUCCCCGUGGAGGUGGCCUACCAGCGCGGCUACUUCGACGAAGAGAUGAACCGGAUCCUGUCCGACCCCUCGGACGACACCAAGGGCUUCUUCGACCCCAACACCCACGAGAACCUGACCUACCUGCAGCUGCUGCGCCGCUGCGUGCGCGACCCGGACACCGGGCUCUCCAUGCUGCAGCUGGCCGCCCCGGGCUCCCCCGUCUUUCAGCUGAGCGAGCAGAUGCGUGUGGCCCUGCAGAGCGCCCCGGCCGCCGGCAGCGCGGCCCUCUUCCAGGGCCAGACCGUCUCCGUGUGGGAGUUCCUCUUCUCCAGCUAUGUGACAGAGGCCCGGCGGCAGGAGCUGCUGGGGGGCUACCGGGCGAGGACCCUGGGCCUGGAGGAGCUGGGUGCGACCCUCUCCGUCCUGGUGGCAGAGGCCACGGCCCGCCACGGACAGCGGGAGUGUGUGGGGGCCGGCGUCCCAGCUCGCCCAACGCCGGAGGAGGUCCUGGGAGCCGCCACCAUGGAAGUCAGGCUCGGUCCCCUCCGGGGGCCAGAGGUCAGCGUAUGGCGGGUCCUCAGCUCCGAGUAUCUGAGGGAGAGUCAGAGGCAGGAGCUCCUGGACCAGUUUGGGUCCGGCACCCUGGCCCUGCCGGCCCUGACCCGCCGACUGUCCAUUAUCAUCGAGGAGACCGAGCAGGGGCGGGCCGGCCUGGGACCCGACGUGGAGGCCGCCUUGCGAGCCGCCACCAUGGAGGUUGCCGUGGGCCAGUUUAAUGGGCAGCGGGUCUCGGUGUGGGACGUCCUCUCCUCCAGCUACCUGGUCGAGGCCAGGCGGCGGGAUCUCCUGGAGAGAUUUGGCUCGGGGGCCCUAACCAUGACGGCCCUGGUGGACAUCCUGACGUCCGCAGUCGAGGACACGGAACGGAAGGCCGGCAAGGUCUCCUUCCGGGGCCUCCGGCGGCAGGUGUCGGCCUCGCAGCUGUGCAGUUCUAAGAUCAUCAGCAUCGAGACCCUGCGGGACCUGGCCGAGGGAACCAAGACCAUGAAGCAGGUCACUGAGAUGGACUCGGUCAAGAGGUACCUGGAGGGGACCAGCUGCAUCGCCGGGGUCCUGGUGCCCUCCCGGGAGGACCCGACCAAGCAGGAGAAGAUGACCAUCUACCAGGCCAUGUGGAAGGGCAUCCUGAGGCCCGGCACGGCCCUGGUGCUCCUGGAGGCCCAGGCGGCCACGGGCUUCGUCAUCGACCCUCUGGGGAACCGGCGGCUCUCCGUGGAGGAGGCCGUGGCCGCGGACGUGGUGGGUGGGGAGCUCCGCGAGAAGCUGCUGUCGGCCGAGCGGGCCGUGACCGGCUACACGGACCCCUACACCGGCGAGCCCCUCUCCCUCUUCCAGGCCAUGAAGAGGGACCUGAUCGUCAAGGACCACGGCAUCCGGCUGCUGGAGGCCCAGAUCGCCACGGGCGGCGUGGUCGACCCCGUGCACAGCCACCGCGUCCCCGUGGAGGUGGCCUACCAGCGCGGCUACUUCGACGAAGAGAUGAACCGGAUCCUGUCCGACCCCUCGGACGACACCAAGGGCUUCUUCGACCCCAACACCCACGAGAACCUGACCUACCUGCAGCUGCUGCGCCGCUGCGUGCGCGACCCGGACACCGGGCUCUCCAUGCUGCAGCUGGCCGCCCCGGGAUCCCCCGUCUUUCAGCUGAGCGAGCAGAUGCGCGUGGCCCUGCAGAGCGCCCCGGCCGCCGGCAGCGCGGCCCUCUUCCAGGGCCAGACCGUCUCCGUGUGGGAGUUCCUCUUCUCCAGCUAUGUGACAGAGGCCCGGCGGCAGGAGCUGCUGGGGGGCUACCGGGCGAGGACCCUGGGCCUGGAGGAGCUGGGUGCGACCCUCUCCGUCCUGGUGGCAGAGGCCACGGCCCGCCACGGACAGCGGGAGUGUGUGGGGGCCGGCGUCCCAGCUCGCCCAACGCCGGAGGAGGUCCUGGGAGCCGCCACCAUGGAAGUCAGGCUCGGUCCCCUCCGGGGGCCGUCGGUCAGCGUAUGGCGGGUCCUCAGCUCCGAGUAUCUGAGGGAGAAUCAGAGGCAGGAGCUCCUGGACCAGUUUGGGUCCGGCACCCUGGCCCUGCCGGCCCUGACCCGCCGACUGGCCGUUAUCAUCGAGGAGACCGAGCAGGGGCAGGCAGGCCCGGGACCCGACGUGGAAGCUGCCUUACGGGCUGCCACCAUGAAAGUCACCAUGGGCCAGUUUAACGGGCAGCCUGUCUCGGUGUGGGACGUCCUCUUCUCCAGCUACCUGGAUGAAGCCGGUAGGCAGGAUCUCCUGGAGAGAUUUGGCUCGGGGGCCCUAACCAUGAAGGCCCUGGUGGACAUCCUGACGUCCGCAGUCGAGGACACGGAACGGAAGGCCGGCAAGGUCUCCUUCCGGGGCCUCCGGCGGCAGGUGUCGGCCUUGCAGCUUUGUGACUCUAAGAUCAUCAGCAUCGAGACCCUGCGGCACCUUGCCGAGGGAACCAAGACCAUUAAGCAAGUCACUGAGAUGGACUCGGUCAAGAGGUACCUGGAGGGGACCAGCUGCAUCGCCGGGGUCCUGGUGCCCUCCCGGGAGGACCCGACCAAACAGGAGAAGAUGACCAUCUACCAGGCCAUGUGGAAGGGCAUCCUGAGGCCCGGCACGGCCCUGGUGCUCCUGGAGGCCCAGGCGGCCACGGGCUUCGUCAUCGACCCUCUGGGGAACCGGCGGCUCUCCGUGGAGGAGGCCGUGGCCGCGGGCGUGGUGGGCGGGGAGCUCCGCGAGAAGCUGCUGUCGGCCGAGCGGGCCGUGACCGGCUACACGGACCCCUACACCGGCGAGCCCCUCUCCCUCUUCCAGGCCAUGAAGAGGGACCUGAUCGUCAAGGACCACGGCAUCCGGCUGCUGGAGGCCCAGAUCGCCACGGGCGGCGUGGUCGACCCCGUGCACAGCCACCGCGUCCCCGUGGAGGUGGCCUACCAGCGCGGCUACUUCGACGAAGAGAUGAACCGGAUCCUGUCCGACCCCUCGGACGACACCAAGGGCUUCUUCGACCCCAACACCCACGAGAACCUGACCUACCUGCAGCUGCUGCGCCGCUGCGUGCGCGACCCGGACACCGGGCUCUCCAUGCUGCAGCUGGCCGCCCCGGGCUCCCCCGUCUUUCAGCUGAGCGAGCAGAUGCGUGUGGCCCUGCAGAGCGCCCCGGCCGCCGGCAGCGCGGCCCUCUUCCAGGGCCAGACCGUCUCCGUGUGGGAGUUCCUCUUCUCCAGCUAUGUGACAGAGGCCCGGCGGCAGGAGCUGCUGGGGGGCUACCGGGCGAGGACCCUGGGCCUGGAGGAGCUGGGUGCGACCCUCUCCGUCCUGGUGGCAGAGGCCACGGCCCGCCACGGACAGCGGGAGUGUGUGGGGGCCGGCGUCCCAGCUCGCCCAACGCCGGAGGAGGUCCUGGGAGCCGCCACCAUGGAAGUCAGGCUCGGUCCCCUCCGGGGGCCGGAGGUCAGCGUAUGGCGGGUCCUCAGCUCCGAGUAUCUGAGGGAGAGUCAGAGGCAGGAGCUCCUGGACCAGUUUGGGUCCGGCACCCUGGCCCUGCCGGCCCUGACCCGCCGACUGUCCAUUAUCAUCGAGGAGACCGAGCAGGGGCGGGCCGGCCUGGGACCCGACGUGGAGGCCGCCUUGCGAGCCGCCACCAUGGAGGUUGCCGUGGGCCAGUUUAAUGGGCAGCGGGUCUCGGUGUGGGACGUCCUCUCCUCCAGCUACCUGGUCGAGGCCAGGCGGCGGGAUCUCCUGGAGAGAUUUGGCUCGGGGGCCCUAACCAUGACGGCCCUGGUGGACAUCCUGACGUCCGCAGUCGAGGACACGGAACGGAAGGCCGGCAAGGUCUCCUUCCGGGGCCUCCGGCGGCAGGUGUCGGCCUCGCAGCUGUGCAGUUCUAAGAUCAUCAGCAUCGAGACCCUGCGGGACCUGGCCGAGGGAACCAAGACCAUGAAGCAGGUCACUGAGAUGGACUCGGUCAAGAGGUACCUGGAGGGGACCAGCUGCAUCGCCGGGGUCCUGGUGCCCUCCCGGGAGGACCCGACCAAGCAGGAGAAGAUGACCAUCUACCAGGCCAUGUGGAAGGGCAUCCUGAGGCCCGGCACGGCCCUGGUGCUCCUGGAGGCCCAGGCGGCCACGGGCUUCGUCAUCGACCCUCUGGGGAACCGGCGGCUCUCCGUGGAGGAGGCCGUGGCCGCGGGCGUGGUGGGCGGGGAGCUCCGCGAGAAGCUGCUGUCGGCCGAGCGGGCCGUGACCGGCUACACGGACCCCUACACCGGCGAGCCCCUCUCCCUCUUCCAGGCCAUGAAGAGGGACCUGAUCGUCAAGGACCACGGCAUCCGGCUGCUGGAGGCCCAGAUCGCCACGGGCGGCGUGGUCGACCCCGUGCACAGCCACCGCGUCCCCGUGGAGGUGGCCUACCAGCGCGGCUACUUCGACGAAGAGAUGAACCGGAUCCUGUCCGACCCCUCGGACGACACCAAGGGCUUCUUCGACCCCAACACCCACGAGAACCUGACCUACCUGCAGCUGCUGCGCCGCUGCGUGCGCGACCCGGACACCGGGCUCUCCAUGCUGCAGCUGGCCGCCCCGGGAUCCCCCGUCUUUCAGCUGAGCGAGCAGAUGCGCGUGGCCCUGCAGAGCGCCCCGGCCGCCGGCAGCGCGGCCCUCUUCCAGGGCCAGACCGUCUCCGUGUGGGAGUUCCUCUUCUCCAGCUAUGUGACAGAGGCCCGGCGGCAGGAGCUGCUGGGGGGCUACCGGGCGAGGACCCUGGGCCUGGAGGAGCUGGGUGCGACCCUCUCCGUCCUGGUGGCAGAGGCCAGGGCCCGCCACGGACAGCGGGAGGGAGUGGGACUCGGUGCCGCAGCUCGCCCUACGCUGCAGGAGGUCCUGGGAGCUGCCACCAUGGAAGUCAGGUUCGGUCCCCUCCGGGGGCCGUCGGUCAGCGUAUGGCGUGUCCUCAGCUCCGAGUACCUGAGGGAGAGUCAGAGGCAGGAGCUCCUGGACCAGUUUGGGUCCGGCACCCUGGCCCUGCCGGCCCUGACCCGCCGACUGGCCGUUAUCAUCGAGGAGACCGAGCAGGGGCAGGCAGGCCCGGGACCCGACGUGGAAGCUGCCUUACGGGCUGCCACCAUGAAAGUCACCAUGGGCCAGUUUAACGGGCAGCCUGUCUCGGUGUGGGACGUCCUCUUCUCCAGCUACCUGGAUGAAGCCGGUAGGCAGGAUCUCCUGGAGAGAUUUGGCUCGGGGGCCCUAACCAUGAAGGCCCUGGUGGACAUCCUGACGUCCGCAGUCGAGGACACGGAACGGAAGGCCGGCAAGGUCUCCUUCCGGGGCCUCCGGCGGCAGGUGUCGGCCUUGCAGCUUUGUGACUCUAAGAUCAUCAGCAUCGAGACCCUGCGGCACCUUGCCGAGGGAACCAAGACCAUUAAGCAAGUCACUGAGAUGGACUCGGUCAAGAGGUACCUGGAGGGGACCAGCUGCAUCGCCGGGGUCCUGGUGCCCUCCCGGGAGGACCCGACCAAACAGGAGAAGAUGACCAUCUACCAGGCCAUGUGGAAGGGCAUCCUGAGGCCCGGCACGGCCCUGGUGCUCCUGGAGGCCCAGGCGGCCACGGGCUUCGUCAUCGACCCUCUGGGGAACCGGCGGCUCUCCGUGGAGGAGGCCGUGGCCGCGGGCGUGGUGGGCGGGGAGCUCCGCGAGAAGCUGCUGUCGGCCGAGCGGGCCGUGACCGGCUACACGGACCCCUACACCGGCGAGCCCCUCUCCCUCUUCCAGGCCAUGAAGAGGGACCUGAUCGUCAAGGACCACGGCAUCCGGCUGCUGGAGGCCCAGAUCGCCACGGGCGGCGUGGUCGACCCCGUGCACAGCCACCGCGUCCCCGUGGAGGUGGCCUACCAGCGCGGCUACUUCGACGAAGAGAUGAACCGGAUCCUGUCCGACCCCUCGGACGACACCAAGGGCUUCUUCGACCCCAACACCCACGAGAACCUGACCUACCUGCAGCUGCUGCGCCGCUGCGUGCGCGACCCGGACACCGGGCUCUCCAUGCUGCAGCUGGCCGCCCCGGGCUCCCCCGUCUUUCAGCUGAGCGAGCAGAUGCGUGUGGCCCUGCAGAGCGCCCCGGCCGCCGGCAGCGCGGCCCUCUUCCAGGGCCAGACCGUCUCCGUGUGGGAGUUCCUCUUCUCCAGCUAUGUGACAGAGGCCCGGCGGCAGGAGCUGCUGGGGGGCUACCGGGCGAGGACCCUGGGCCUGGAGGAGCUGGGUGCGACCCUCUCCGUCCUGGUGGCAGAGGCCACGGCCCGCCACGGACAGCGGGAGUGUGUGGGGGCCGGCGUCCCAGCUCGCCCAACGCCGGAGGAGGUCCUGGGAGCCGCCACCAUGGAAGUCAGGCUCGGUCCCCUCCGGGGGCCAGAGGUCAGCGUAUGGCGGGUCCUCAGCUCCGAGUAUCUGAGGGAGAGUCAGAGGCAGGAGCUCCUGGACCAGUUUGGGUCCGGCACCCUGGCCCUGCCGGCCCUGACCCGCCGACUGUCCAUUAUCAUCGAGGAGACCGAGCAGGGGCGGGCCGGCCCGGGACCCGACGUGGAGGCCGCCUUGCGAGCCGCCACCAUGGAGGUUGCCGUGGGCCAGUUUAAUGGGCAGCGGGUCUCGGUGUGGGACGUCCUCUCCUCCAGCUACCUGGUCGAGGCCAGGCGGCGGGAUCUCCUGGAGAGAUUUGGCUCGGGGGCCCUAACCAUGACGGCCCUGGUGGACAUCCUGACGUCCGCAGUCGAGGACACGGAACGGAAGGCCGGCAAGGUCUCCUUCCGGGGCCUCCGGCGGCAGGUGUCGGCCUCGCAGCUGUGCAGUUCUAAGAUCAUCAGCAUCGAGACCCUGCGGGACCUGGCCGAGGGAACCAAGACCAUGAAGCAGGUCACUGAGAUGGACUCGGUCAAGAGGUACCUGGAGGGGACCAGCUGCAUCGCCGGGGUCCUGGUGCCCUCCCGGGAGGACCCGACCAAGCAGGAGAAGAUGACCAUCUACCAGGCCAUGUGGAAGGGCAUCCUGAGGCCCGGCACGGCCCUGGUGCUCCUGGAGGCCCAGGCGGCCACGGGCUUCGUCAUCGACCCUCUGGGGAACCGGCGGCUCUCCGUGGAGGAGGCCGUGGCCGCGGGCGUGGUGGGCGGGGAGCUCCGCGAGAAGCUGCUGUCGGCCGAGCGGGCCGUGACCGGCUACACGGACCCCUACACCGGCGAGCCCCUCUCCCUCUUCCAGGCCAUGAAGAGGGACCUGAUCGUCAAGGACCACGGCAUCCGGCUGCUGGAGGCCCAGAUCGCCACGGGCGGCGUGGUCGACCCCGUGCACAGCCACCGCGUCCCCGUGGAGGUGGCCUACCAGCGCGGCUACUUCGACGAAGAGAUGAACCGGAUCCUGUCCGACCCCUCGGAUGACACCAAGGGCUUCUUCGACCCCAACACCCACGAGAACCUGACCUACCUGCAGCGGCUGCGCCGCUGCGUGCGCGACCCGGACACCGGGCUCUCCAUGCUGCAGCUGGCCGCCCCGGGAUCCCCCGUCUUUCAGCUGAGCGAGCAGAUGCGCGUGGCCCUGCAGAGCGCCCCGGCCGCCGGCAGCGCGGCCCUCUUCCAGGGCCAGACCGUCUCCGUGUGGGAGUUCCUCUUCUCCAGCUAUGUGACAGAGGCCCGGCGGCAGGAGCUGCUGGGGGGCUACCGGGCGAGGACCCUGGGCCUGGAGGAGCUGGGUGCGACCCUCUCCGUCCUGGUGGCAGAAGCCACGGCCCGCCACGGACAGCGGGAGUGUGUGGGGGCCGGCGUCCCAGCUCGCCCAACGCUGCAGGAGGUCCUGGGAGCCGCCACCAUGGAAGUCAGGCUCGGUCCCCUCCGGGGGCCGGAGGUCAGCGUAUGGCGGGUCCUCAGCUCCGAGUAUCUGAGGGAGAGUCAGAGGCAGGAGCUCCUGGACCAGUUUGGGUCCGGCACCCUGGCCCUGCCGGCCCUGACCCGCCGACUGUCCAUUAUCAUCGAGGAGACCGAGCAGGGGCGGGCCGGCCUGGGACCCGACGUGGAGGCCGCCUUGCGAGCCGCCACCAUGGAGGUUGCCGUGGGCCAGUUUAAUGGGCAGCGGGUCUCGGUGUGGGACGUCCUCUCCUCCAGCUACCUGGUCGAGGCCAGGCGGCGGGAUCUCCUGGAGAGAUUUGGCUCGGGGGCCCUAACCAUGACGGCCCUGGUGGACAUCCUGACGUCCGCAGUCGAGGACACGGAACGGAAGGCCGGCAAGGUCUCCUUCCGGGGCCUCCGGCGGCAGGUGUCGGCCUCGCAGCUGUGCAGUUCUAAGAUCAUCAGCAUCGAGACCCUGCGGGACCUGGCCGAGGGAACCAAGACCAUGAAGCAGGUCACUGAGAUGGACUCGGUCAAGAGGUACCUGGAGGGGACCAGCUGCAUCGCCGGGGUCCUGGUGCCCUCCCGGGAGGACCCGACCAAGCAGGAGAAGAUGACCAUCUACCAGGCCAUGUGGAAGGGCAUCCUGAGGCCCGGCACGGCCCUGGUGCUCCUGGAGGCCCAGGCGGCCACGGGCUUCGUCAUCGACCCUCUGGGGAACCGGCGGCUCUCCGUGGAGGAGGCCGUGGCCGCGGACGUGGUGGGCGGGGAGCUCCGCGAGAAGCUGCUGUCGGCCGAGCGGGCCGUGACCGGCUACACGGACCCCUACACCGGCGAGCCCCUCUCCCUCUUCCAGGCCAUGAAGAGGGACCUGAUCGUCAAGGACCACGGCAUCCGGCUGCUGGAGGCCCAGAUCGCCACGGGCGGCGUGGUCGACCCCGUGCACAGCCACCGCGUCCCCGUGGAGGUGGCCUACCAGCGCGGCUACUUCGACGAAGAGAUGAACCGGAUCCUGUCCGACCCCUCGGACGACACCAAGGGCUUCUUCGACCCCAACACCCACGAGAACCUGACCUACCUGCAGCUGCUGCGCCGCUGCGUGCGCGACCCGGACACCGGGCUCUCCAUGCUGCAGCUGGCCGCCCCGGGCUCCCCCGUCUUUCAGCUGAGCGAGCAGAUGCGCGUGGCCCUGCAGAGCGCCCCGGCCGCCGGCAGCGCGGCCCUCUUCCAGGGCCAGACCGUCUCCGUGUGGGAGUUCCUCUUCUCCAGCUAUGUGACAGAGGCCCGGCGGCAGGAGCUGCUGGGGGGCUACCGGGCGAGGACCCUGGGCCUGGAGGAGCUGGGUGCGACCCUCUCCGUCCUGGUGGCAGAGGCCACGGCCCGCCACGGACAGCGGGAGGGAGUGGGACUCGGUGUCGCAGCUCGCCCUACGCUGCAGGAGGUCCUGGGAGCCGCCACCAUGAAAGUCAGGUUCGGUCCCCUCCGGGGGCCGUCGGUCAGCGUAUGGCGUGUCCUCAGCUCCGAGUACCUGAGGGAGAGUCAGAGGCAGGAGCUCCUGGACCAGUUUGGGUCCGGCACCCUGGCCCUGCCGGCCCUGACCCGCCGACUGGCCGUUAUCAUCGAGGAGACCGAGCAGGGGCAGGCAGGCCCGGGACCCGACGUGGAAGCUGCCUUACGGGCUGCCACCAUGAAAGUCACCAUGGGCCAGUUUAACGGGCAGCCUGUCUCGGUGUGGGACGUCCUCUUCUCCAGCUACCUGGAUGAAGCCGGUAGGCAGGAUCUCCUGGAGAGAUUUGGCUCGGGGGCCCUAACCAUGAAGGCCCUGGUGGACAUCCUGACGUCCGCAGUCGAGGACACGGAACGGAAGGCCGGCAAGGUCUCCUUCCAGGGCCUCCGGCGGCAGGUGUCGGCCUUGCAGCUUUGUGACUCUAAGAUCAUCAGCAUCGAGACCCUGCGGCACCUUGCCGAGGGAACCAAGACCAUUAAGCAAGUCACUGAGAUGGACUCGGUCAAGAGGUACCUGGAGGGGACCAGCUGCAUCGCCGGGGUCCUGGUGCCCUCCCGGGAGGACCCGACCAAACAGGAGAAGAUGACCAUCUACCAGGCCAUGUGGAAGGGCAUCCUGAGGCCCGGCACGGCCCUGGUGCUCCUGGAGGCCCAGGCGGCCACGGGCUUCGUCAUCGACCCUCUGGGGAACCGGCGGCUCUCCGUGGAGGAGGCCGUGGCCGCGGACGUGGUGGGCGGGGAGCUCCGCGAGAAGCUGCUGUCGGCCGAGCGGGCCGUGACCGGCUACACGGACCCCUACACCGGCGAGCCCCUCUCCCUCUUCCAGGCCAUGAAGAGGGACCUGAUCGUCAAGGACCACGGCAUCCGGCUGCUGGAGGCCCAGAUCGCCACGGGCGGCGUGGUCGACCCCGUGCACAGCCACCGCGUCCCCGUGGAGGUGGCCUACCAGCGCGGCUACUUCGACGAAGAGAUGAACCGGAUCCUGUCCGACCCCUCGGAUGACACCAAGGGCUUCUUCGACCCCAACACCCACGAGAACCUGACCUACUUGCAGCUUAUGCGUCGGUGUGUGUGCCACCCCGACACUGGCCUUCUAUUUCUGUCACUGAAGUGAGCAGGUGCGCUCCUCAUGGCAUCACAGUUUUGUUUACCUUCUUCACUUUUAUUUUCGAAUCUUUUAUCACAUUUCUUCCAGUUUUCAGUUGUUGUUUUGUGACCACAAUUUUUUUUUCAUUAUGCCACAGUUAGAACACCUUGCUUUAGAGUCUGUAUCUCUGUUUCUACUUUUUUCUUUUUUUACCAAUUUUCUGUGUCUUUUCCUUGAAUAAACACUCCAUCGUUCAGUUGAA